GCCGCCGCCGCCGCUGCUGCUGUUACCACAGCCUUCGCCUCAGUCGCCUCAGCCCGCUGCCUGUGCAGGGGGAGGGAGCCCGCGAGCGAGCCCCGCGCACCCUCAGAUUCUCCGGUGGAGGGAAUUUUAAAAUUGUGCUAUGAAUGGUGAUACAGGCUCGACGGUGGUGACUUCACCACCUCCAACCACAGCCCCUCAUAAGGAGCGAUAUUUUGAUAGAGUAGAUGAGAACAAUCCAGAAUACUUAAGAGAGAGGAAUAUGGCACCAGACCUUCGUCAGGAUUUCAACAUGAUGGAGCAAAAGAAGAGGGUUUCCAUGAUUCUGCAAAGUCCAGCUUUUUGCGAAGAAUUGGAAUCGAUGAUCCAGGAACAGUUUAAGAAAGGGAAGAAUCCCACAGGCCUAUUGGCAUUACAACAGAUUGCAGAUUUCAUGACCACAAAUGUACCUAAUGUUUAUCCAGCAGCACCACAGGGAGGGAUGGCUGCAUUGAACAUGAGUCUUGGCAUGGUGACACCAGUGAAUGAUCUUAGGGGAUCUGAUUCAAUUGCAUAUGAUAAAGGAGAGAAAUUAUUACGAUGUAAAUUGGCAGCUUUUUACAGAUUAGCAGAUCUUUUUGGGUGGUCUCAGCUUAUUUACAACCAUAUAACAGCAAGAGUAAAUUCUGAGCAAGAACACUUUCUCAUUGUACCUUUUGGACUUCUUUAUAGUGAAGUGACAGCAUCCAGUUUGGUUAAAAUCAACCUUCAAGGAGAUGUCGUUGAUCGUGGAAGCACCAAUCUAGGAGUGAAUCAAGCUGGUUUUACAUUGCACUCUGCUAUCUAUGCUGCUCGACCUGAUAUUAAGUGUAUUGUUCAUAUACAUACGCCAGCAGGGGCAGCAGUUUCUGCAAUGAAGUGUGGUCUCUUGCCAAUCUCACCAGAAGCACUUUCUCUUGGAGAAGUGGCUUAUCAUGACUAUCAUGGAAUUUUGGUGGAUGAUGAAGAAAAAGUAUUGAUUCAGAAAAAUUUAGGACCUAAAAGCAAGGUUCUUAUUCUCAGGAAUCAUGGCCUAGUAUCAGUUGGAGAAACUGUUGAAGAAGCUUUCUACUAUAUACAUAAUCUUGUGGUAGCUUGUGAGAUCCAGGUUCGUACGCUGGCCAGUGCAGGAGGACCUGAUAACUUAGUCCUGUUAGAUCCUGGAAAAUACAAAGCUAAAUCUCGUUCCCCUGAGUCUCCAGUAGGAGAGGGAACUGGGUCACAUCCUAAAUGGCUGAUUGGAGAACAGGAAUUUGAAGCCCUCAUGAGAAUGCUUGAUAAUUUGGGUUAUAGAACUGGCUACCCAUAUCGAUGCCCUGCUUUGAGAGAGAAAUCCAAAAAAUACAGUGAUGUUGAGGUUCCUGCUAGUGUCACAGGUUACUCCUUUGCUAGUGACGGUGACUCAGGCACUUGCUCCCCUCUCAGACACAGUUUUCAGAAACAACAGCGAGAGAAGACAAGAUGGCUGAAUUCUGGCAGAGGUGAUGAUGCUUCUGAAGAAGGGCAGAAUGGAAGCAGUCCCAAGUCGAAGACUAAGUGGACUAAAGAGGAUGGACCUAGAACUUCCACCUCUGCUGUCCCUAACCUGUUUGUUCCAUUGAACACUAACCCUAAAGAGGUCCAGGAAAUGAGGAACAAGAUCCGAGAGCAAAAUUUACAGGAUAUCAAAACUGCUGGCCCUCAGUCACAGGUUCUUUGUGGUGUAGUAAUGGACAGGAGUCUUGUACAGGGGGAACUGGUGACUGCUUCAAAGGCUAUUAUUGAAAAGGAGUACCAACCACGAGUCAUAGUGAGCACGGCAGGACCAAAUCCCUUCAACAAGCUCACUGACCGAGAGCUGGAGGAGUAUCGCAGAGAAGUGGAACGGAAACAGAAGGGUCCAGAAGAAAAUGUGGAAGUGACACAACAACAAAAAGAAGGGAGCCCUCUGAACCGUGCUGAUGCCCACACUCCACCCAGUACACCAGUUCAACUUGAGGAAGACACACAGCAAGACCAGACUUACAGAGAUGACAGUGAUGCUGCAACCUUCAAGCAAACCCUUCCAGACCUCUCCCCUGAUGAGCCUUCAGAAGCACUUAGCUUCCCACCACUUGAGAAAGAGGAGGAGGAAAGUCGACCUGAUGAAGUUCACAUCCAAAGCCAGACUGAAUUACCUGCUACAGAAAAUCCAGAAACCCCAUCUCCCCCUGCUGAAGAGGCCACCACACCGACUGCCGAGGAGGGAAUGGCCGCAGAUCCCGGGAGUGAUGAGUCCCCGGGGAAGUCCCCCUCCAAAAAGAAAAAGAAGUUCCGUACUCCCUCCUUUCUGAAGAAAAGUAAAAAGAAAAGUGACUCCUAACAGCCCCGCGCGCGGCAGAAACACUGUCAGGUUUUAAGAUCCCCGAUACUUCAUUAACCACUAGGACGUGUGUGAUUGUACUGAGUGUUUUGUCUUAUGUUGUGACGGAAUGCAGAAAUGAAACCAGCUCGCCACCCUAGGCAAAGCUCCCAGGGCAUAGCUUUUAACAGCAAAUCAACUAACUUGCAGAAAGGUGCUAACCCUAAGUUCUUAGCAGCUAACUUCAGAUCUGUUCCCAACUGGUACACAACUUUAAAGUCUUUAUGUAGAAGACUUGGAGCCACUGUGUUAAAAGGAAAAGCUCUCCCCCAAGAAUUUUUAGCAAUGUAGGCCAUAGUCACAAACUAUGCUAACCCUCAGAAGUUGUGCUCUCUAAUACUGUGCUCCUAAGUCACAGCAGGUGUAUUUAAAAAUCUUUGCUAUUGUGUUUUCAGAAAGAAUAUACUCCUGAACAGAAUGAGAUUUUGUGCUUCUGCAAGCUAGCUGUGGUUAUAGAUCGUGCUCUACACAAGGCUUUGGCAACCUCCCUCCCAUCUUGCAUCCCCUCCUACAGAAGUUUCAAGUAAAGUAAGCUUGCAUUGUUCACUGCUAGGCUUCUGCUUAACCCUGUGUUGUCUCACAUGACUGAGCUGAAGGUGUUUGCUGCUGCGUGGUAUAUUUGGAGAACCUCGACUUGGCGAAUUAGAAACAGUAAUUGAUCCCACAAACCUAGCUUAAGCAGCCCUCUAAAGGGAUAGGCAAAAAGGUUAGUCUUUGAAGUAGAUGUUCUGGAAACCACAGCUACCUGUUCAUGUUAGAGAGAUGGGCAACUCACACCUCCAUCAAUCUGUCCAUCACCAAGCAUUUAUUAAUAUCUGUUACAUACCAAGCACUGUUACUAAGUGCUGUAGAUACAAAACCAAAAUUGAAACAGUCUCUACUCUCGAAUAGCUUACAUUCUGUUGGAGAAGACAUACCUAGAGAUUACACUUAAGAGUUGGUUGGACGUACUAUACAGAAGGCAUUUGAAGAGUUGGCGGAUGUAAACCUGUGUCCAUCCUACAUGGCUCACUGAUGUGAUUAUGUCUUCUGCUUCAGCCCCAAACAUGAAUUUAGUAAUGCCUGGCAUCUUAUCCAUCAGGGUGCCUAAAAUAUUAUGGGGGGGAAGCAUUGGGGGAAGGAGGAGAGUAUUUGCUAGAAUUUCCUGUGAAUUUGCAGUUCAAACCUCCUUUACAAUUCUGAACAUUCCUUUUUUAAUAGACCAACUUUUUUCAGUUUUAUUAUGUCAGAAAUACUCUUUUUCUUAUAAAAGACUGUAGAGAGUGCAAGGUUAACUAUUUGAGUUAGUUUUUGUGAAAUUUCAGGGUAUUUUCAGAUUUGUUCCUGUCUUCACAUAGCAAAUUACAACUUUGAAAAUUUCUGGGUUAUGAAAACAGUUAAACUAAUUAUAAUGAUCAUAAUUUGACAUCUUGCUUCCAGAGCUCACUUUUGAAUGUUCUGCUCAAGAGCUCAAAAAACAGUUUUUCCCUAUGUAGUUACCUACAUAAGAUGAUCCACAUAACUCAUUCCCCUUGUAGAAUGACAUAAUGAUAUUGCUUGAUAACUAGAAAUAAAGCGUCUUGUCCCAAGCCUGCUUCACAGUUUCAAAAAUGGAAAUUAUCAAAUGCUUUACCAUUGAUGCAGUAUAAAAAUCCCCAAACCAUAGAACUGAUUCAGUCAUGCAACAUAGCCACCUCAUCAAUGUAAAGCAGUAUUUGGUCUCAGAUACAACGAUGGCCGGUUCAGAGAGGGACAAGAGAGCUGAUGUUAGCAUUGUGGAAUUGCAAAGAAAAGGAGGGUUAGCAGUGGAAGGAAUACCAGGUAGAUAUUGGAUAGCUGUUGUUUGAAAUGGGUAGAUGUAGGGUGGGGCUAGAAGUCACAGCAAAUCACUGCAUAAGAGAGACACCUACACAGUAACGUUUAGAACAGACUGCAUGGCACUAAUGGCUUUGAGCUUGUAUCCUAACCUUGUAUGUCCUAUGUACACUAGAAAGCUGACUUACUUUUGCUGAAUUGUGUUUUAUUGCCAAUCGUAAUUACAGUUCACCAUCGCUAUGUGUUUUAAUUAAUGAUGGAUCCUUCCAUUUCUCUCUUUCCACAUAUGCAAUGACUUAAUUUCCAAUUUUGUAGUUUGUUCUUUUAAUUCUUUGUAUUACAGUAUGAGAUGUAGUUGCAUAUGUGGCUAUAAUCUUCAGAAGAUGGGUCCUGUGUUUUUCUUUCUUCAUUGUAACAUUGUUUUACUCAUUAAUAAAUUCUUCUUUAAACAGUC